ACAGGUGCGUGAGUGUGAUGGACCUGCGGCACUUAACCUGCUGCGCGGCGGUGUUUGCCUUACUCUCAGGUGUUGACGGAGGCUGCAGCAGAAAUCAGUGGCAGUGUGAUGAUGGAGUGUGUGUGUCACACAGAUGGCGCUGUGACGGUGUCAGUGACUGCCAGGAUGGAUCUGAUGAGAUGGACUGCGUAUGUCAGCCUGGAGAUGUGGAGUGUGCGGAUUGCUCCGGGUGUGUGAUUGGGUCGGGUGUUUGUGACGGCCGGCCCCAGUGUCCCGACGCUUCAGAUGAGUGGGACUGCAGCAGGCGUUUAGGGUGUCUGUCAGGUGACUGGAAGUGCAAAAACAGCAUUUGCAUCCCACAAGAGCUUCUCUGCAAUGACGUCAACGACUGCGGUGACAACUCUGAUGAAGAAACCUGUGGUUCCUGUGGGAAGAUGAACAUCCGCUGUCCUGAUGGCACAUGUCUAACCCCGAGACAGAGGUGUGAUGGAGUUGCUCAGUGCUCAGAUAAGAGAGAUGAGCCUCUUACAUGUGGUAAAAGUUGUCAUAAUGGGAAUGGUGGCUGUAGUCAUACUUGCAUUGACCAGCUUUGGGGGUCUUUGUGCACUUGUCCCACUGGAAUGACCCUUUCUGCAAAUGGGCUUGAUUGUGAAGAUGUCAAUGAGUGUGCCCAGUCUUUCGGACCUUGCAUGCACUUGUGCACAAAUACACCCGGGUCUUUUCAGUGUCUGUGCCAGAAUGGUUUCAAACUUCUUGGCAACGGCUCUUGUGAAGCUCAAGGAGCCGUGACCAAGAUAUUGACCACCAGGAAGGGGCUGAUUGGGUUAGUGAAUGUGAAGACCAGAGUCUAUGAGCCGCUCUUUGCAAGUGAGAGCGACCCUAUAGCCAUGACCUACAAUAUCCAAAGAAGCUUAAUCUACUGGGCUGAUAAAGAUGGGAAUAUCUACCAGGCUUUGAACCGGAAGGGCACGAUUCUUUAUUCAGGGCAGUCUGGUUUGCACAGUCUAGCCAUCGACUGGCUUACUGGACAACUGUACUGGACGAGUGUUACCCAGAAAGCCAUCUACACCGGAGCAGCUGAUGGCAGUGCUGUAGGCACGGUCAUGUCCAAAGAAAUGGACCCGAGAGAUAUGGUCCUCAGCCCAACUGAGAGUUUCAUAUUUUGGAUUAAUAAAGGAACGAAUGACCAGCUAACCAUUGAGAGGGUGGAAAUGGAUGGUUUGAAUCGGACUACACUGGUUUUCAUUACUGCACAGCUACCAAGGAGUCUUACAAUGGAUGUGGCAGCGCGCCGGCUGUAUUGGAUCAGUGUUUACAAAGCGUCAAUUGAGAGCAUCAGGACCGACGGCACUGGACGGCAUACCUUCUGGGAUUUCUUUCAAGGACGUCCUGCGCAGAUCUUGGCCGUGUUUAAUGGCUGGUUUUAUUUGGCCGAUGAGAAAAAACUCUGGCAGGCUCCUCAAAAUAUGUCUUCUGACACACUAAAUGGCUUCAUCUUAAAAGCCUCGCUUCCUGUCUUGAGCAUCUACCAUGUGCUUCAGCAGCCCCAAGGUUUUGCACCAUGUAAAGACUCAGGCUGCCAGCUGUGUUUGCCCUCCAAGAAAAGUGCUGCUGGGUUCACCUGUCUGUGUCCUGAGGGAGCGCUGCCCAUGUCUUGGGGAUCUUGUGAAAAUUUUAAGGUGGCCUAUGCAACAACCACGGCCAUAUACAGCCUGGUGUUUGCAGGAGAGACUCCUGUGAAAACUGAACUCUUUACUUCAGAUGAAGACAUCCAGUCCUUUGACAUGUAUUGGCGGAGAGGAUGCGUGGUUUGGUCUAAUGGGACGGGCCAUGUGAAGACUAACAUACAGUCUCAGGACUUGUCUGAGUACAUCCUGACUUUAAAACCUGCCUGCAUCGUCAGAGUUGACCAGAGGACUGGGAAUCUGUAUUGGCUGGCCUGUGAUGAACUUUCCAUUGGCGUUUCUACCAUUGGCACCCUUGACCAGAGUAUCUCCAGACAGCUAUAUCAAGCCAGAACUGCAAUUCUAGACCUCUUUGUGGACUGGCAGAGAGGAAAGCUGUACUGGCUGGAGGGAGGUCAGGUCAUGAGAAUGAAACUGGGUCUGAUUGGUGGAAAUGCAGAGGCUAUCUUCAGCUUUGAGGAGGAUGGAGUUGACCGCAUUGUGUUUGAUCGUAAAGCAAAUGGCUUCCUUUGGAACAUGGAGUCUUACUUGCAGGUUAUGAGUCUACUGAAGAUGAGAAGGUACUCGGCUGGUAAAGACUGGGUUGUUCCUGGCUCCAUCAUGGCUGCUUAUGAACCCUACAUGGUGACCUUGUUCAAUAACAUCCUGACAGUGUGGAAUCGCAAAGAUGGAGCUCGUGUCUCUGGGGUGGCAGUAGAGAAUGGAGUUGUUAGCUUAUCUGUUGCCCUUAGGGAAGUCCAACAAGAUACAACAGCCGAAGAUGUGCGUCCUACUGAGGUGACUUGCAAAAGUCCCCUAGUCAUUUGUCAUGGAUCAACCGUGUGUAUCAGUCGAUCUCAGCGGUGUGAUGGGAACAGAGACUGUCCGGAUGGAUCUGAUGAAGCCUCAUGUGUGCACAUGUGUGCAAAGCCAGGUGACUUCCUGUGUAAGGAUGGAAGUAAGUGUGUGGAGAGGGAUCUGGUGUGUGACGGCCGCUCUCACUGCAUUGACGGGUCAGAUGAGGUGGGAUGUCCCACUGCUUCUGAAACUGUCUCAGCACCAUUCAGGUGUCGUGUGGGCUCUAAACCCUGUAAGGACGGACGUGAGUGUGUGCUGUACAGUCAUGUGUGUGAUGGAGAGAUGGACUGUAAAGAUGGAUCAGAUGAGCAGGACUGUGAAUAUCAGUGUAAAGCAGAUCAGUUCCAGUGCGCUCAUGGGAGGAUGUGCAUCGACAGAAAGCGGGUGUGUGACGGCACACCUCAGUGUCAGGAUCGCUCUGAUGAACUGGACUGUUUCAGUCGCUCGCUCGAAUGCAAACAUCAGUGUGAUAAUAAAACUCGCUGCAUCCCAGAGAGCUUCCUCUGUGACGGAGAGAAAGACUGUGUGGACGCCACUGAUGAAGCCAACUGCUCUGAGAUUAAAAGAGGGGAUAUAAAUUUGGUGACACUGAACAAAGGCAACAAAGAACAAGGUUUGCAACCUCCACCUCCAGUCUGUAGAAGUCCAUCCAUGAUGUGUCCAGGAACAUCAUUGUGCAUUUCCCAGAUUCGACUGUGUGAUGGAAAGAUAGAUUGUCCGGAUGGUUCUGAUGAAGUUUUGUGCGUAGAUGCUUGUUCAAAACCUGGUGACUUCCUGUGUAAGGACAGAAGGAAGUGUAUUGAUGGGAAUCUGGUGUGUGACGGCCACUCUCACUGCCUUGACGGCUCUGAUGAGAUGGCUUGUUACAUGGCGGCUAGAAAUUCAAAACCGGCACCAUUCAGGUGUCGUGUGGGCUCUAAACCCUGUAAGGACGGACGUGAGUGUGUGCUGUACAGUCAUGUGUGUGAUGGAGAGAUGGACUGUAAAGAUGGAUCAGAUGAGCGGGACUGUGAAUAUCAGUGUAAAGCAGAUCAGUUCCAGUGCGCUCAUGGGAGGAUGUGUAUUGACAGAAAGCAGGUGUGUGACGGCACACCUCAGUGUCAGGAUCGCUCUGAUGAACUGGACUGUUUCAGUCGCUCGCACGAAUGCAAACAUCAGUGUGAUAAUAAAACUCGUUGCAUCCCAGAGAGCUUCCUCUGUGACGGAGAGAAAGACUGUGUGGACGCCACUGAUGAAGCCAACUGCUCUGAGAUUAAAAGAGGGGAUAUAAAUUUGGUGACACUGAACAAAGGAAACGAGGAACAAGGUGUGCAACCUCCACCUCCAGUCUGUAGAAGUCCAUCCAUGAUGUGUCCAGGAACAUCAUUGUGCAUUUCCCAGAUUCGACUGUGUGAUGGAAAGAUAGAUUGUCCGGAUGGUUCUGAUGAAGUUUCGUGCGUAGAUGCUUGUUCAAAACCUGGUGACUUCCUGUGUAAGGACAGAAGGAAGUGUAUUGAUGGGAAUCUGGUGUGUGACGGCCACUCUCACUGCCUUGACGGCUCUGAUGAGAUGGCUUGUUACAUGGCAGCUAGAAAUUCAAAACCGGCACCAUUAAAGUGUCGUGUGGGCUCUAAACCCUGUAAGGACGGACGUGAGUGUGUGCUGUACAGUCAUGUGUGUGAUGGAGAGAUAGACUGUAAAGAUGGAUCAGAUGAGCAGGACUGUGGUCGUCAGUGUCAACCUGGGCUGUUCCAGUGUACUUCUGGUGGCAGGUGUAUUGAAAUGAAUCAAGUAUGUGAUGGGAGUCCUCAGUGUCUGGAUAAGUCAGAUGAAGCAGGAUGCUGGAAACCCUCAAAGAGCUGCAGCAUGCGCUGUGACUGGGACACUCACUGUAUUCCUAAAGUCUUCAUCUGCAAUGGGAUUAGGGACUGUCUAGAUGGCACUGAUGAAGCCAACUGUGCUGUUUCCAGACCAGCUCAGACAAGCUGUAAGAGUCCCUCAGUACUGUGUCCGGGAACGUCAGUAUGUGUGUCUCGGGCUCAGCUGUGUGACGGCAGAAGAGACUGUCCCGAUGGAUCUGAUGAAGCUUCUUGUAUAGAUGCAUGUGCUGCUCCAGGUGACUUUCUGUGUGAGGACAGGAGGAAGUGUAUUGAGGAAUCUCUAGUCUGUGAUGGGCGCGCUCACUGCCUUGAUGGUUCUGAUGAGGUGGGAUGUUCUACCAUAGCAACUAAAACCACAACCACUGCACCCUUCAAGUGUCGUGUGGGCACUAAACCCUGUAAGGACGGACGUGAGUGUGUACUGUACAGUCAUGUGUGUGAUGGAGAGAUGGACUGUAAGGACGGAUCUGAUGAAGAACAUUGUGAACUUCAGUGCAAUCCAGGGAUGUUUCAGUGUAUUCGGGGGAAGAAGUGUAUUGACUUCCGGCAGGUGUGUGAUGGGACUCCUCAGUGUCCGGAUCACUCGGAUGAAGCAGGCUGCUGGAAACCCACUAAGAGCUGCAGCAUCCGCUGCGAUGGGAACAGCCGCUGUAUCCCAGAGGUGUUCAUCUGUAACGGUAUGAGGGACUGCUGGGAUGGCUCAGAUGAGGCAGACUGUGCUAUGCCCACUCCACCAUCACCUUGUAAAAGCCCUUACGUGGCUUGUCAAGGGACGUCGCUGUGCAUCCUGCAGCAAUACCUGUGUGAUGGGAGAAAAGACUGUCCUGAUGGCUCUGAUGAGAGACCGUGUCUUCGUAACUGCCCAUAUCGCAGUGAUUUCAUGUGUAAAGACAGGACAAAGUGUGUUAAGAGGGAUCUGGUGUGUGAUGGUCGUUCUCACUGCCUUGACCGUUCGGAUGAGAUGGGAUGUGCCACUACAGCACCUAAAACUUCAACCACAGUGCUGUUAAAGUGUCGUGUGGGCUCUAAACCCUGUAAGGACGGACGUGAGUGUGUGCUGUACAGUCAUGUGUGUGAUGGAGAGAUGGACUGUAAAGAUGGAUCGGACGAAGCUGACUGCGUUUUUAAUUGUAAAGCAGGGGAAUUUCAGUGUGCCCAUGGGAGAAAAUGCAUAGACUCAAAACUAUUGUGCGAUGGCAAACCACAAUGUCAGGAUUUUUCUGAUGAGAGGGACUGCUUCAUUCGCAGCAAGAGCUGCAGCCAUCGCUGUGACAACAAAACCCGCUGCAUCCCAGAAAACUUCCUGUGUGACGGAGAGAAAGACUGUGUGGACGGCACUGAUGAGUCUGACUGCGGGUACCCCACAAAGGUGGUGAAGUGUGAGAGUCCUGCUGUGUUGUGUCGUGACGGGUCGCUGUGCAUCCCUCACACCAUGCUCUGUGAUGGCAAGAGAGACUGUCCUGAUGGAUAUGAUGAAACGUUUUGCUUAGACAGAUGUCCAAACACAGGUGACUUCCUGUGUAAGGACAGGAAGAAGUGUGUGGAGAGGGAUCUGGUGUGUGAUGGCCGCUCUCACUGCAUUGACGGGUCAGAUGAGGUGGGAUGUCCCACUGCUUCUGAAACUGUCUCAGCACCAUUCAGGUGUCGUGUGGGCUCUAAACCCUGUAAGGACGGACGUGAGUGUGUGCUGUACAGUCAUGUGUGUGAUGGAGAGAUGGACUGUAAAGAUGGAUCAGAUGAACAGGACUGUGAAUAUCAGUGUAAAGCAGAUCAGUUCCAGUGCGCUCAUGGGAGGAUGUGUAUUGACAGAAAGCAGGUGUGUGACGGCACACCGCAGUGUCAGGAUCGCUCUGAUGAACUGGACUGUUUCAGUCGCUCACACGAAUGCAAACAUCAGUGUGAUAAUAAAACUCGCUGCAUCCCAGAGAGCUUCCUCUGUGACGGAGAGAAAGACUGUGUGGAUGCCACUGAUGAAGCCAACUGUGCUCCUACUACUAGCCCGUCCAUCACAGACCAGCCAGUCUGCUUUAGCCCUUCUGUGUUUUGUCAUGAAACCUCAAAAUGCAUCUCACAGUCCCAGCUGUGUGAUGGAAAGGCUGACUGUCCCAGUGGAGCUGAUGAGCAGUUUUGCAUAUAUUCAUGUCCAGAUCCAGGCCAGUUUCUGUGCAAGGACAGACGGAAGUGUGUUGAGCGAGCCCUGGUGUGCGACGGCCAGCCACACUGUGCUGAUGGGUCGGAUGAGAAACAGUGCCCCACCUGUGCUUUGCUUUGUGACCAGAAGAGGGUGUGUCUGACUAGCCAGCAGCUUUGUGACAGAAAACCAGACUGUAGAGACGGUUCAGAUGAGAAAAACUGCUACACUGGUCGUGUGGUCGCAAGUGCUGCAUUACCUCUGAAAUGUUCCUUGGGAUCCAAACCUUGUAGUGAUGGGAAAGAGUGUGUCCUGUACAGCCAUGUGUGUGAUGGGGAGAAAGAUUGCAAAGAUGGGUCUGAUGAGAGGAACUGUGAACGUAAAUGUAAAAAAGGCCAGUUCCAAUGCGCUCACGGCAGAAAGUGUAUAGACAUGAAGCUUGUGUGUGACGGCACACCUCAGUGUCAGGACCGAUCAGAUGAAAUCAACUGUAUGAAGCUCUCAGAGGAGUGCAGGCACCCGUGUGACAACAAAACCCGCUGCGUUCCUGAAACCUUCCUCUGUGACGGAGAGAGAGACUGUGCGGAUGGCACUGAUGAAGUCAACUGUGUUGUAGAGCCCUGUUCCGAUGACUGGUUCCAGUGCAGUAACGGUCAGUGUGUGGCUUUGGCUCUCCGCUGUGAUGGGUAUGCUGACUGUCGUGAUCACUCGGAUGAGAAGGGCUGUCCUCAGCCUCCACACUGUCCUGUGGAGCAGCGCUGCCCCCACACGCACGAGUGUCUGCUGAACGAAUGGCUCUGUGAUGGAGACCAGGACUGCAGUGAUGGGUCUGAUGAGAGGAACUGCAAGGUGACUCCACUGAAGUGUAGAGAGUUCCAGUGGUCGUGUGUAUCUAAAACUCAAUGCAUUGCAACGAACUGGAGGUGUGAUGGUGUAAAGGACUGUAAAGAUGAGAGUGAUGAAUCUGGAUGUGGUCAGGUGAAAUGCCCGACACACUUGUUCCAGUGUGGAAGUGGGGAGUGUGUGGACCCAGAUCUGGUGUGCAACAAGGCAUCUGACUGUGCAGACGGUUCUGAUGAGGGUCUGGGGUGUCUAAAGAACAACUGCUCCAGUCCCAGCCGCCCAUCAUGCCAGCACUACUGCAUCAACACUCCACAUGGAGCGAGAUGUGGCUGUAAGACUGGCUUCAGGCUUCAGUCUGACGGUUUAACCUGCAACGACAUAAAUGAAUGUAAAGAGAUUCAGCCCGCUGCCUGCAGUCAUAAAUGCCUCAACACGCUGGGCUCUUACCUGUGUCAAUGUGACCCUGAAUUUAUACUGGAGCCAGAUGGCCAUAGCUGCAAGACAGCAGAGGAACCCAGUCUUUUGAUCUCUGAACAGUAUGAGCUGUUAAAUUUGGGUCUGCGAAGCUCCAGUAUUCAAGCUCUCAUCGCACCGGGGCGGAAGGCCAUCUUCUCUCUGGACUACGACCGGAGAGAGCAGAGGGUAUACUGGGUCAGUCUGGAGGAAGAGAGCAUCAAAUAUGCCUUCCACGGAAUAAAGGACAACAUUGGAACUAUUGUCAAAGGUGUGAAAUCUGACUCCAUUGCUAUUGACUGGAUGGGAAGGAACCUUUACUGGGUGGAUGGUGUUGCUGGGCAGAUUCUAGCUGUGAGAUUGACCAGCAGUAUUGUAGAGGCACAAAACUACAUAACAGUUGUGGAUAAGGAUUUGCAUCAGCCUCGUUCGCUUGUGCUGCUGCCUCAGAAGGGGAUAAUGUUCUGGUCCGAGAUUGGAGGUCAGGCACAGAUCGAGCGCUCUGGCAUGGACGGCUCGGACAGGGAGGUGGUGGUCAGCCGUGGUCUCGAGCGGCCUGUCAGCGUGACGGUGGACAUAUUGACUGACAGACUGUACUGGACUGACGAGAAGCUCCGGUGUAUAGGCUCGGCGACGCUGGAUGGAGAAAACAUAAGGUUGCUGCAGCUGUCGGAGAUGCCCAGGCUUUUCUCUGUGGCUGUGUUUAAUGACAUGGUCUACUGGUCUGACACUCGCAGAAGAUCCGUUCAAGGUGCCAAUAAACUGACUGGCAAGAACCGCAAAGUUCUUCUCAAGAGACCCGGGCAGCCGUUCGACCUCAAAGUUGUCCACCCUCUUUUGCAGCCCAAUGUGUCUGGCCCGUGUGAGAAGCUCAGAUGUUCUCACGUGUGUUUGCUGGCUCCGGGGCUCAAAGCGGUCUGUCGCUGCCAGGCAGGGCUUCUCUUAGCUGCGGACGGAUUCACCUGCGCCACACCUGUGGAUUCCUCCUCUUCUUUCCUCAUGCUGCUGUCUCCUACCAUGAUUACACAGAUCUUCACUAAGAGCCUUCAGGCAGGAUUCGGGCUGAAGACGUGGCCGGAGCACCGUGCUCUGGCUCUGCCUGCCGUGAAUGAAGCUUCAGACUUCGAUCUGCUCCGCAAGGACAGCACCAUCUCCGUAGCUGACGCCGGACGCGGGUCUGUAGCUCAGCUCAAACUCAGCGGCUCUGGUUUCACACCCAUCGGUCACGUGCUUCAGCUCAAAGGAGACCUGGUGACCGCUCUCGCUGUGGACUGGGUCACCCGAAACCUCUACUGGAGCAGUGUUAAGAGCCCCCAGCUUUACGUCACGUCCCCCGGAGGGAAAUACACCAGCCUGGUGCUGCCGGCUGAGCUGGAGGGAACCAUCUCCAUCGCCCUGCACCCUCCCACGGGCCGGCUGUGCUUCACUGCAGUGGGACGGAGGGCAGCCCAAUCUCUGCCUCAGGUGGACUGCGCUCACAUGGAUGGGAGCAAUCGCACGCUGCUGUGGCGCAAAGCAAAGAUGCCUGCUUCACUUGCCUUUUCUGAGAAAGGAACAACACUGUAUUGGGCAGAUAUUGGCAAUGAAAUGAUUAGCUCUAUUAAUAUGGACGGCUCUAAUUAUAAGGAGUACAGCACCGGAUCUGCCUUCAUUGUGUCUUUUGCUCGUGUUGAGAACAUCUACUUCUGGAUCACUCUGGACAACGGUACAGCUGAAGUAUGGUACACGGAUGGUUUCCAGCCCAAACUGAUGUGGUUUGAGGUGAAGGCAAACGUCAUUGAGCUGAAGGCUUACAGCAGGUCCAGUCAGAAAGGAACCAAUGUCUGUUCUGAAAACAACGGGGGCUGCAGUCACCUGUGUCUGCCGUAUCCAGGUGGACGCUCGUGUCGCUGUGCGCAGGACUACCUCUCUGUGAACAAAACCAAAUGUGUUUCCAACCUCAAGUGUCCCGCGGGCAGUAAAGCAUGCAGAGACAGCCUCACGUGCAUCCCUGCGGCCAAGUUCUGCGACCAGAUCCCAGACUGCCAGGACGGCUCGGAUGAGGAGUGUGGCAGUGGGAAAAUCAAACCAGGUGUCAAAUCCAAAUCUGGACCUGACACUGCACAAUCAGACCGUCUGCCUGCCUUGGGCUCUGCUGACGGCAGCAAGUCGUGUGAGGCGGAGCGCUGCAGUAGUCACGGGACGUGUGUGAGUGUGGAGGGUGAGCCGGUGUGUGAGUGUGAGGAGGGAUACAGCGGGGAUCUGUGUCAGAACGCCGCCUCCAGCAGCACUGCGCUCGCGCUCACACUCACCUUUCUCUUCGGAGGUGCUCUGAUGGCCGCCGUCGUCCUCAAGAGGAGAAGGGCACAAGCAGUGAGGGAAGAGGCCACUGAAAAAGAAACGCUUGUGACUGACGUGGAAGAGCGCACAACCUACUCUCAAAACUUUGCUAAUGAGUUGUACGAUCCUGAAGAGGCUUCGAUUACUCCAGCCAUUACCACCCCUGUUGUCAGCUAAUGCUUUUUUUUUCUUUUUUUUUGGUCUAAUAAAAAAAAUUAUAAUAU